AGGAAACAGAUAUGAUAUCUCUGUGGGACAGUUCUUUACAGGAGAAAGCAAGUGAGCUUCAUGACGACACUUGGAGCAUUGAAAUGGAUGGGACUAUUGAGGAAAACAGACCAGCUCGUGAUUGGCAGCAGUACAUUUCUGGCUCCUUUGCACAGUUCAGGUGUUCCCUUUGUACAAAAGGCUGGGGGUCUAAAAGAGUGCAAGUGCUGUUCCAUUUCCACCUGAACACAACAAGAAAUCAAGGAACCAUUAAAGUGCGACGCUUCAAACAGAAGUGCAGGAGAUGCACCGAAGCUCAGUGGGAGGAUCCAAACUUCUCAGUGGAAAACAUUGAUGUGCUGGUUGAGAGACUUGUUAAAAAUAUCCGCAAGAAAUGCUACAGAGAGAACCUGGGUGAAGCAAACAGAUCGUCAGUGUUCAGUGGCAGAGUUAAUGGGCCCCAUGAAACUGCUCACUGUGAAGCCUGUCAUAAGGGCGUCUGUAGUCAGGUCAACUGAGACUGAUUUAAUUUAUUGCUCAAAAAUGUUGAAUCCAAUAUAAAUAAAUCUAU